CAUAAUUUUUUUUUUAAUAAUUAUACAAACAAACGCGAAAUGUCCACGAGAUUUACUAAGACGCUAACGGCAAAUAAAUUUCAUGACUAUAAGCUAUAUGCGAUCAAUUUCCAAACGAAUUCUUUAAAUUCAAUAUGUGAGGAAUUCAAGAAGCGCGUACAGUCCGGCAUACGCAGGCGCAUCUUCAUAAUUGAUCUGGAAGAAGAAGCGAAACAACUGGCACUAAAAGUACGCAACACGAAACGCUUUGACAAUUACACCGUCGCUAUGGCUGCCAUCGAAGAGUGUUUAGACGAAUAUCGUCGCACGUCUCAUAUAAUUGCCGAAGAGAAGAAAUUCAGUUUAAUCGAUUAUUGGAUGGAUAAUCUAAAUGUGCCCACUGGUGCAACAUUAAUCAAAGAACAGCGUAAGUCGAGCAAAAAGGCGCCUAAAAAGACACCAUCUGUUUUACCGAAAUCGCCACCGAAGCUAACAAAAGCGUCAAAGUUGUCAAGAGUGGAGAUGGAGAAGAAAAAAUCAGUGUUAUCAUUCCCAACCUGUCCACUUUUAAUGCCGAAGCAACACAACACAGUUGGACGCCCUGAGCCACUCUCCAAAAGAAAGUACAUACAAGACGAACCGGAAUAUUCGAAAAUUUUCAUAAUCCUCAUUGGCGAUAUGGACAAUGAUUUCUAUGUGAAACUGUUGAGUGCUCGCGAACCACUCCAAGCAAUCAUACAUUUUCUGCCCGAGGAGUGUGGCUACGAUAUAUUGCUACCACAUCCGGAAGCCAAAGAACAACUUGCCAAUAUCAUCGAGCAGAUUCAGGUGGAUAUCUUUGAAAUGCGCGCAUUGGCAUUAACAAAACCAGUCGGUUAUAUGCAACAUUAUUUACCCGUUAUAUCACGUUGCCUCGCCGAGAAGUAUACAAACCAGAUCUAUGAACAACUCUGUCAUUAUUUGUAUGAUAUCGAAGUGCUGCUGCAGCAAUAUGAACAGUAUUAUAGAAAGCCAUUCCAAACCAUCGAUGUCGAAAUGCCAAUGAAGGUCAAUGUAGAGGCACUACAAGAAAUAGCCGAAUCCUUAGAUUUGCAGGGAACCUAUUUAACCGCGCCACUACCUGCUAUAGCCAGCGACGUGGCAACGGUUGCCAUCUAUUUUGAUGGACUGCUCAAUCAAAUAGCGGAGCGCGUACGCAAAUUGACGCCACAGCAGGCACAAAUCAGCACCUUGCCGUACAAACAAGCGAGCGCCAUGGACUUGAAUCAAGAACUACGCGAUGUCUACGCCACGGCUUUCGAUAGUAUUUUGAAGGUGCGACACUUUGAACGUUUAUGCAUUGCCGCCAAUAAUCUGCUAUUGCACGAACUGCUACUCUAUACAAAUAUCGACUCAUUCGAAACGGUGCACUAUACGAGUCUGGAGUAUAAUGCGAUGCGUUCGUACAUAGAUAACGGUUGUUUGAAAAACGUCUUCCAGGUAGAAGAAUACCAUGAAUUAUCAGACAGAGACUUCUUUCAGUUGCCAUAUUAUGCGAAAUUAUACUUUGGUGAGAAUAUAGUUAAGCAACAUUUGCAAAAGUGGCUCAAUGAGUAUAACAGCUGCGAGGUGGAUGAAAUUAUGCCCGGCUAUAAGUUGUAUCACUUCAAACGCGCAUAUAAUGAAGUGAAUGAAGAGCAACAGGUUGUAGUUUUACCAUCGCCGCUGUGCUUUCGCGAUUUUACGCUCUAUCAAAUGGAAGAGUUCAUUGAUGCCUUGGUCACGCCCGAAAUGAUACAGGCACAGUACGAGCAAAGCUAUACGUCUAUUCAAAGCUUAAUGAAGAAACGUAAAAAGGAUAAGGAUAAUGAUGGCAUAGAUAUGUCUAUAUUUAUAAGACCGACAUCUUUGAAAUGGAAAAAACUCAAAGCAUACAUGGAAACACACAUGAGUCAAGCUGUUGGCAGUCAAAUACCAUUACUACCGCAGUUGAGACCGACAGACAUGUCGGUGCAAAGAAAGUCUUCACAUAUGGAAGGUGUGCCCGGACUACCCUACAAUCAUCCUUUACUGCAAGGUUACAAUCUCGAAGAUGUACGUCAGGAAAUACAGAUAAAGAGCUCCAAAUACUAUUUCGAAGAGGGUGGUGUGGAAUUAUACGAGGAACGUUGGUGCUUCACCGAUAUGAAUAAAAACUUAUUGUUAAAUGCAAAUGAUAUUUUACUCAAUAUAUUUCGACCGCGUUUUUGGAACACCUCAGUCUCACCAUGUCUGCGUUUCACGAAUAAAAAUAAUGUCUCAUUGCGUAUAUUAAACACUGCGAAUGAAUGCGCUAAAAUUGUUAUAAACUAUCCCAAUGGUUUGACCAUAUAUCACAAUGAGCAACAAGUCGAACAAGUAUGGCAUGUACUAGACACGUUCAAUAGAGAAAAGAGUCGUUUGUUUAUCGCCGAAGGUGCUGUUAUUGUGCACUACCAAAACGACGAACUCAUAACGGUGAUGCGUUAUAAUGGCGAAGUUUAUCGCUUAUAUCAAUAUGAAUUUCCCGAGGGUGAGGAAGAAGCCUUCCAGGAAAUGACUGAAGAAUUGGAUUCUUCGCUGAAAAUUGAACAAGUCGAUAGCACUGCAACUAAAGGCACAGGACGACGUACAAAACGCGAUACGAACAGAGAUCAGGAUGUGGAUGAUGAGAAGGAAAAGGAUGAAGAAAAAACAAAAAAGAAAGUUAAGCUAAAAGCAAAAGAAAAGGGAGAGAAUCCGAAAGAUAAGGUUUCAGUUAAAGCCUCGGCACGUUCUAAGGCCUCAUCACAUAAAUCCGUGGCUUUCGGAGAGCAUAAACACAAAACGCGUAAGGAAAUGCUUAUUAAGUCAAUCGACAAUGAAUUGAGAUUUCUCAACGAACUCACACAAAAGUAUUCGCUCAAAUACUUGCACCUGAUUGUGACGUCAGCAAAUGGAAAUAUCGUGAACCUCACACAUCGGGGUAAGGUCUACAAAGGUCGCUCUAAACCAACUAUAGAAUGGCACGACUAUUUUGCGAACGAAAGCUAUGCCGAACGCGGUGAUGGUGUACGUAUGAUUUGGACCGCGGACUCUCUGAAGUGUUAUCACAAAGAUGGCACCGUUUUAAUAACAAAUAUAGAGGAGAAAAUUGAAGCAUUCGGUUUCGAUGCUGACACCGCUGUGACACUGAGUUCUUCUCACAUGGACGAGGACUUUGGCGAUUACUCCGAUAGUUUAUCUACUAGCCGUAAUGUGAAAGAUGGUCACCGUUCUAAGAGCACUUCACCUACGCACAAACAAACACAUAAAAGCGUCACGCCGAAGACAUCACCUUCCAAUAAAGCUGGUAAAAAACUUAAACGCGAAGUGUCCGAUGUCAAAUCGGCAUCACCACACUCACAUGCUCCAUCAGCAAUGUCACAUUAUUUUAUAUCCGGCGAAGGUGAGGAGGCACGUAAAUAUGAUGAUCCUUCAUAUGUGUGUAGCCGCUAUAGUAGCUUUCAUAUGUUACAUAAAAAGUAUGCCGAAGUGCAAAUCGACUUGUACGAAGUGCCGGUAAAUGAUAUUGUCAUCACUAUAAUGGCCAUUGAUGGCAUAUCGGCAUACAUCUACAAAGUAUUACCGACAAUUGAAAAUUUAAAUUUAGACCAAUACGCGGAGGUACCAAAUUUUCGAGCCACAGGGGGUGAAGGUGUUACAGACACCCGCAAGAAUACCGCAACUACUAAGAGCAGUUCAAUUUACACCGCUGGCAGUGAACCGCAUAUGUCUGACUCGGGCAAGUAUACGAUUGAGGAGGAAAUUGUCGUACAGACGGUAGUAAAAGUUAGUUUCGGCAAUGCUUUGAACAUAUCAACCACUGAAGAAGCAUGUGAACUCGGUUUGGAGUUGGAGCGUUAUGAUGAGGAGAAUAACAAAGUACGCGACAACUUGGAAUUGCGUUUCGAGUUUAAGCAAAAUAUUACCGAUCUCUUUCAAUAUUUUGUGGAUCGCAUAUCGAAUUUCAAAAACUAUCAAAAGCCUAAAUCGUGUGAAUUGUAUUUUUUGGAGCAUCAAAAUGAAGAGUGUCACACAACAGGUUAUCACUUCCUUUGUAAGCUACCGCCACCGAUGGAAUAUAAUUUCUCCGCUGGGAAUACUUUUACCGAACUGAGACAACUGAAGAACGUCAAGCAACUAAUGACUAAUGAUUAUGCUUGGUUCGAGGAAGAUAUGAAGAAGUUUCCACGUUUCCCAUUAAAACGAGAACGUGUGCCACCUAUAAACGAUACUUUUCCAUUCGUUUUGCUCGCCAACAUGUAUGUCAAGAUUCCAAAAGCUCUAUGCAACACGGCAGAGAUACAUAAAUUUGUGGAGCCCAUUGAAGAUUUCACCUUCAAGAGCACACAACAUCACCUGCGCGAUGCGAUCGAAUAUUAUUUACGACCACGAAUACGUAUCGCUUUGGCACAACUCUGGAGCGAAAACAAUUGGAAAAUCAAGCUAGAAGAUCAUAAACGUCGCAUGUUUCGUGAACAGCAACGCACUGUGCUGUAUAAGGCAAUGUUGCGCCAUCAGGUCUACCCCAAAUAUUGGCAAUUCCGCGAGGACUUUUACGGUCAUGUCAAGGAUAUUGAUUUCUUCAAAUUUGUCAUACUGCGCUGCUAUAAACCCGAAGUAACUGAAGUAGAAAAAACUCAAGAAACUACAGAAAAGGUGCGUUUUGCAACAGAGACGAGAACAAGUGCCGAUAAACCACCACCUAUGGUAGCCUCCCCACCUUCAAAGCCAAAAUUCACCGAAAGUGGUUUGCAGUUGAGACAUUCAAUGGCAAAAUAUCGUGGCCGAACUCCACCCAAAUGUAUAACAACAUUAACGCAUAUUACCGAUAAAUUAGAUGGUUGAAAUAUAUAUUUGA